CGCCACUUGCAAUCGAAAUUUAUAUCCAAAUGUGGAUUGAUGAUCUAAAGUAGUAAUCAUGUUGACUGCCGCACUGUUAACUCUGGCUUUCUUCCCCUACGCCAAAGCCUUCAGCAACUACCAUGCGGUCGAGCGAUUGAACAAAUUGGAUCUCCCUUCAGAAGUGCACGAAGUAACUACUGAAGAUGGCUACAUCCUCACAAUGUUUAGGAUCCCGAACCCGGGAGGUACGCCGGUCCUUUUUGUCCACGGAUUCCUCGCUUCGAGCGACAUCUGGCUUCUUCUCCCGAAAAAAGAGCAGAACAUUGCAACAAUUGUACACAGUGCAGGAUACGACGUUUGGAUGACUAAUUAUAGAGGGAAUGAGUAUUCGAGAAAACAUGUCUCACUAUCGACAUCUACCAACAACGAAAAAUAUUGGAAUUUUGGGCUUCAUGAAAUUGGUGUAUACGACAUUCCAGCAGCUGUCGAUUUUAUGCUGAACAAAACGGGAGAAGAGAGUAUUAUUUACAUUGGACAUUCAAUGGGUACGUCUGUCUGCAUGGUGGCUUUAUCAGAAAGGCCAGAAUACAAUAAAAAAAUCAGAGCAGCUGUGUUAUUAGCACCGAUCAUAUUUCCCUUCUACGAAGGUAGAGUGCCAUUUAUAAAUUUGCUGGUUAAUUCUGCUGAUCUUGCUGCAAGUCUUUUUUACUAUCUUGAUAUCUAUGAAAUACUUGGGCAGAACAUUAUAAAAAAUACUCUCAUAAAAACUUUCUGUGGUCUUCAGCUAUCAUUGUGCUCCAGAGUAUAUAGCUUUUUAUUCAGACAAGAUUUAGAUAAUAUAAUUGUUCAAGAUUUGCCUUAUUAUAUUGAAAAACAGUCAGUUGGAACUUCUGUACAAUCGUUUCAACACAUAGCAAACGUUGUUGGUUCAGGACUUCAAAAUUUUACGAGGUACAACUAUGGUCCAGAAAAGAAUAUGAUGUACUACGGAAGUGAAUACCCGCCAAGAUAUACAAUCGAGAAAAUCACUACACCUAUUGCGAUUUUCCACAGUGAAUCUGACGCUUUUCUUGAUAAUCUAGUCCUGGAUAGAAUAAGAAACAUCUUACAUACUAUAAUGUUCGACUACAACGUUCCAGAGCCAGCCUUUCAGCAUAUGGACUACCUUUACGGUCUGAAUUGUAGAGAGCUUGUCGCGCCACAAAUUUUGAAUGUACUAAGCCAUUUCAGCAAUGAAAAUUUAUACGAUGAAAGUUUAAAUUAACGCUUUGGCUGUGUUCUGUGCACUUUUCUAGUCUGUUUUAUGGAAUAUCUACUUAAGAAAUCUUGAAUGUGAUGGACAUUUGUCAGUAAAUAACUAGUUCCUUUAAUAAUUGUUACCAACCUUUAUUUAAUAACUGUACAAAUACUUGUAAAAUAUCACUUUAGUGGCAAUAAGCAAAGUGUAUAAUAUGUACAAAUUUAAAUAAAGUA